UGCGUUUAUUGUUGAUUCUGACAAAUUUUCUUCCUUUUUAAAAUAAUAAAAUAAAUAAGAAGAUGUGUCUUUUUAUUAUCUACAAAAAACUAUUUUCUUAUCUUGACAUUAAUUGUCUUUCAUUAAAUUGAAAAUUCACUGACAGUUUCCUUAUACUUGUGUUUUUUGAAUAAUUUACCACUUUUAGGUUAGGACGCAAAAGAAUAAAAGUUCGAAAAGAAAUUUAUCAAUAUACAGAUAAAUAAAUAGAUUUAUUGUUAAAAUCAAUUGACGAAUUGAAAAUUAUGGAAAUUGAGGAAAAUGAAGAAGUGCAAACGGUUCUUGCACGAUUGAAAUCUGAGGAUGGAGAAGUUUUACCAGGCGGUCUUUUAGAUCUGCCAGUGAAUGUCACAGUGGAACAAUUGCAAUUAAUUUGCAAUACAUUGUUAAAUGAAGAGGAGCCUCUACCAUUGGCAUUUUACGUAAAUGAUGUGGAAAUUGAAAAAUGCUUGCAACCAUAUUUGAGUUUGAAUAAAGAUUUCAGCACUAGUGAGAAUAUUGUUGAUAUUAUUUAUCAACCACAAGCGAUUUUUAAAGUUCGGAGUGUCACCAGAUGUACUGGUGAAUUGGAAGGUCACACUGAGGCGGUGUUGGCGGUACAAUUUUCACCAAAUGGACAAUAUUUAGCGAGUGGUUCGGGUGAUAAAACAUUGAGAUUGUGGGACAUUCACACUCAGACACCUUAUAAAACGUGUGUAGGACAUGCGGACAAUGUACUUUGCGUUGCUUGGUCGCCUUGCGGACGAAAAGUCGCUUCGGCCAGUGAAAAUGGAAAAAUUCUCCUUUGGAAUGCAGAGGACGGAUCACAAAUUGGCAAACCAAUGACGGCUCACAAAAAGUGGAUAACUUGUCUCAGCUGGGAACCGUACCACAGCAACGAAACAUGCAGAUUUCUUGUCAGUUCAUCGAAAGACACUUCUUUGAGAAUAUGGGACACAGUUCUCGGGCAGACAAUUCGAGAAUUAAGUGGACACACCAUGAGUGUUACUUGUGUCAAAUGGGGUGGUCGAGGUCUUAUUUAUUCCUCAUCACAGGACAGAACAAUUAAAGUUUGGAAAGCUGAUGACGGGAAAUUGUGCAGGAGUCUCGAAGGCCAUGCUCACUGGGUGAACACUCUGGCGCUUAAUGUUGAUUACGCUCUAAGAACGGCAGAAUUUGAAAUUACGAGGAAAAAAAAUGAAUUGGAAAGUGCUAAAGAACGCGCUAAGCGACGUUACGAAGCUGUUGGUGAGGAAAAACUCGUUUCCGGAUCCGAUGAUUUUACUCUAAUUCUCUGGAAACCUGAGACAAGUAAAAAACCUGUUGAGAGAAUGUCGGGCCAUCAACAAUUAAUAAACGAUGUAAAGUUUUCUCCAAAUGGAAGACUAAUUGCAAGCGCGUCUUUCGAUAAAUCCAUUAAACUUUGGGAUGGAAAUAGUGGGAAAUUUGUUGGCGUACUAAGAGGACACGUGCAAAGAGUUUAUACAAUUGCUUGGAGCGCGGAUUCUCGAUUAUUAGUGAGCGGAAGCGCUGAUUCUACUUUAAAAGUUUGGAAUAUUAAAAUGAAGAAAUUACUUCAUGACUUACCGGGACAUGCGGAUGAAGUUUAUGCCGUUGAUUGGGCACCAAGCGGCGAUCGAGUUGCUUCUGGCGGUAAAGACAAAGCUUUGAGAAUUUGGCAAAAUUAAUUAUUAGAAUUAAAAUUUAUUUCCAAUUAUUCUAAUUCUAUUCUGAUAUUUUGAUAAAAUUUCAUGGAUAUUUUCAAUUGAAGGUGGAGAACAACUUUUUUUCUGUCUAAAAGCAAAUUUCAAGAGAAAAGAACAUUUUUCAAUAGAUUGUAUUUUGGAAUUUUUAUAUAAAUACAUUUUUAAAUUUUUUAACUUAAAUAUUUUAUUAAAUAUAAAGAAAUUAAUCAUUUAAUUUUGAC